AUCGCUUUUACCCGGAAAAAACUCUGCCUGAGCGGUCACACACAACACAAAUGCAUGCACAACAUGUGAGAUAGGUGCAACACGUCGUUUUUUGUUUUCCAGAAACAUGGGACGCUAACUUAUUUCGCUGUUUAUAUAGCCUGCAUUUGGAGUCAUUUAAACUGCUACGUUUGGACAACGCCUUCCCAGAGCAUAGCCUACAUUUGUAUUCGGGGUAAUGUGAGAGAGCUCCAGGAAUGCCUUAUGUCGAUCGUCAAAAUCGUAUCUGUGGCUUCUUGGACAUUGAGGAAAAUGAGAACAGUAACAAGUUCCAAAGGAGGUACUUCAUCCUGGACACUCAGAGCAACUUCCUGUUGUGGUACAUGGACAACCCGCAGAAUUUACCCAGUGGAGCAGACUCGGUGGGGAGUCUACAGCUUACAUACAUCUCAAAGGUCGGCGAGGCCACGGUCAAACAGAAACCCAAGGCUGAAUUCUGCUUCGUUAUCAAUGCCUUAUCUCGACGGUAUUUCCUCCAAGCCAACGAUUCUGUUGAUCUGAAGGAGUGGGUGAUUGCCUUGAAUAAUGCCACCAAGAUCACAGUUCCGAAAGUAAGCAACGUCCAGCAGAACACCGAAAUCACCAAGGUGACAUCGGAAGCCCCGGGGAAGAAGCAGCAGGCCUACAAGACUGAGAUUAUUGGGGGGGUGGUUGUACACACCCCUAUUCACCAGAAUGAUGGGGAGGAGAUGGAGGUGGCAGAGCCUGGCUCUCACGCUGGUAUCCGGAGACAGCCCAGUACCUCAGUGGGCAUUCGGCCAGGCGUGGCACGCUGUGGUUACUGCGUCAAACAGGGAAACGUGAGGAAAAACUGGAAGAGGCGGUUCUUCACUCUCGAUGACAAUUCCGUCAGUUACUACAAAUGUGAAACGGACAAGGAGCCUCUUAGAGCCAUCUUGCUCAAAGACAUACAGAAGGUCCAUGAAUGCCUGGUCAAAUCGGGGGACUUACUAAUGAGGGACAACCUGUUUGAGAUCAUCACCAGCUCUCGAGUCUUCUACAUACAGACCGACACUCCAGGCGAUAUGCAGGGCUGGAUCAAGGCCAUCUCCGGGAAAGUUCAGGUUCUCCGGGGCCCGAUGAAGGACUCCGCGUUCGUGCGCUCCUCCUCCCUGUAUCGCUACGGCAACAGGCAGUCGGCCUCUGAGGCGCGAGGUCGGCAGGCGGGCGCCGAGCAGAGGAAGACCCUGCUGGCCAAGUCGUGCUCCGUCGCCCCGUCGUGGCAGCCGUGGACCCCGGUGCCCGCCGCCGGGGCGGGGCUGCAGGAGCUGGAGGAGGGCGGGGAGGGCCAGUUCAGCUCCUUGCCCAGCCUGACCGGCGGUGCGGAGGAGGCGGGGGACGGGGGCGCUGGCCGCAGGCGUCACCGGUCCCAACCGCAGCCGCCCAGCGACAAGAUCUUCCCGUUCAACAUGGACGACGACGGCAUCCGCACCACCGACGUGUAGACGGGUUUGAGCUGGAAAACCCCCAGCGUUCCCACUGCAGAAUUCCCGCUGCAGAAUUCCCACUGCAGAAUUCCCUCUGCGCUGCUGUCACUCUGGCAUCAGCUUCCUGUUGUGCCAUUCCCACUGAACGUGACCACACCAUAAGCAGAGGCUUACUGGCUAAGCUCUGCAGGGUUCCAGCUUUUGAGCAUAUUCACUCCCUUGUGGCGAGUUGUAGUACUGCAGACCUGCUCGAUGAAGCGAUUGGGCCUAGCUAGCUUUGGGAGAGCAGUGUCAGCUAUAGCGAUAGUUCUCUGUGUGGGGUUUUUUGAAAUUAUUUCAAUUUUAGUGUAUGUGUUUGAUUGGCUUAGAUUGGCGCGGACGGUUUUUGUGCAAUGAAGGAUAUUUCCAGCACAUAUAAAAAGAGCAGCUGACAUUAACAGUGGUGGAUAUGGGAGCAUUCGGCGAGAAAAAUGUCACUCCAAAAAGCUUGUACAGCAAUGUUACAGACAUUGUACCUAUGAAUAUUUGAUUUUUAGCGUGUAUACACAAUUAUGAAUGUAAAUAUCAAUUUUUUAAGUCGUACUGGUACUUGUUUCCCCCUCAAGUGGCAAAAGUUAUUUGCUCCCAAGCAGUCACAUAUGUUGCUUUUGGAAGCUGUGCCACAGUUUCCUUCACUGUAGUGAUCUCAGGAUGCAUGUGCCAAUCUAAAAUCAUUUUUAAGAAAGUCCAGAAUUAUCAGGUAGCAUGCACACGUAAAAUGUCUGGAGGCAUAACUCCGCUGUACAAACUGUCUUGGAGUUAUGUGAAGUGUUUUUUCUUUCUUCAGACUAUGAACCAUUUAAGCCCCCAUACCAGUUAUUGUAAACCAGCUGGUCAUCAGAAACAUCAGUAAAUAUAUAAAAUAUCCUUCAAAGCACACUCAAACUGCCUGGACCAAAACAAUACACUAUAACUGAAAUACUGUUUUAAAACUCCAGAAAGUGCUUUAAAAUUGAAAUAUUUCAGGUAUACCACUAACUUUUAACAAAGGUGGUUGUAAUGGUACUUAAAUGAAGGAUGGGUAUAGGAGAAUGUAUUUGCUGUGCUAGACUGACUCAGAAAAAACACAUUAUUUACCCAGCACCAUCCCCAGUCUAUGAAAGAGCAUUCUUUAUUUUACUCCGAUCUUCUGAGAAGAGCUAUUUUAUCUUGUACUUUAGUGUAGCUAGUUUUUUUAAGAUGCUGUUUCUGCCAAACCUUUCCAUAGAUAAUCCUGCUUUUGAACACUUAGUGGACAGUCAUGUUGGACCUUGGGAUGGUAAAUACAAUUUUAAACAUUUUUUUAUAUAUCGCUACACCCCGAUUGUGAAUUGCCAUCGUAUAGAAACAUGAACUUGAAGGAGGAUGCAUAUGUCAAUCCCCCCCCCCACCCCCACUGUAAACACUGUAACAAACAAACAUUUCUGAAGUUAAAUAGGCAUGCCUGAGCAAAACAACAGGUUAGAUCCUUGCUGUGUUUAGUGUUUUUUUGUUUUUUACUUUUUGAACUUGCUGUCCAAAUAUGCGAAACAACAUGAUUAUGAUGUUCACUGCCUGUAACAAGCCAUGUUGAUAAUGUACAUUAUUGUUUCAGGAAACGCUCAUCCUCAAUACAUUUUUGCUUUUUAUUGUUUGACAUGGAAAGAUUGACCUUUUUCACUCAUUUUCUUUAUGUGGGUUAUCAAUUAUAUAAUGUCACAUAUAAUUAUCAUUUAAAAGCAGUUACAGUUUGGAAAUUACUUUUUUUAUUUUAGCUGAAUUUCAUGUAUUCUACAGCAGUGUUUGCAUAUCAUGCUGGCUUUACCACAGGGAUAACCAAGUCCAGAUGGAUAUUCUGCACAUUAUGUAAAUCUUUAGUUGGCUGCAUUUUCUCACAAAGCAUUAUAAAUCAUGUCAGAAAAAUUGAAUUUAGGAAAUUUUACGGUCCACUGCCCAUAAAAAAUAUAUAUAUAUUUGUGAGCACAGCAAGCACAGGACCAAAGAUCAUCUUCCCUAAUAUCCAGGAAAAUGACUACCAUAUACCAUAAAAUACCAUAUACCAUCAAUUGAAAACAUGAUUUAUCAUGAAAAUUAAAAGAAAAAGCCCCCUUAUUUACCUAUAUCUCUUCAUAAUCUGUCGAGGAAGAUCCAAGCUCAAGAGGUAAUGUUCAACAGUAGCAUUUUUUGAAAGAUAAUAUAUUUAUUAAAUUGGAGAAAUGUAUUUAAAAUUGUGAGUUUUUAUGAAUUCUUUAAUUGACCUGAAUUAACCGGAUGAAGUAAAGCAAAUGAGUGAUUUCAAUAUAAAUAAUAUUUUUAUGCAGUUUGCAGGGCAUAUCACCCGCAAACAAAAAAGUGUAUGAAUUGCAUUUCUUCCACGGAGUCAAGUUCCAGGAAUUUUUCAUUUUCAUAAUCGGCUUCACCCAGUUGAGGUUGUAAGCACAACUCUUAUCAUGUUUGAAUAUUGUCUUAUUUAGAAUGUUCUGAUACAGAAACAUCAGUCAUUUUUUCCUGAGCAGUCAAACUCACAAGCUUUUAAAUGUAGAAAAAUUACAACUAUUCAAUAAUGCAAUAAAUGCAAUGUUUGAGUGAACUCUAUCAAGGAUACAAACUGAUUAUUUUACUUUGUGGUACCUCUUGAAUGUAUCUGGUGAUAACCUUGAAUUAUGAUGCCAUUUUGUGCAAAGCCAUAUUUGACAACUAUAUUUGCAUGGCAUUAUGUCCUAUACUGAAAAUAAUAUUCAAACAUUCAGCAAUGUGAAAUAAUAAAGAUGUGUUUGUUCUUAAA